GCAAAGGCUGCGGGCACCAUGGCCAGCGCACUCCGGCUGCUGUGCUUACUCCUCUGCGGAGCAGCUUGUCUUGUACUAUCCGCACCCUUCGGCGGCACCACCGAGAAGAAGCCCAUCAUUGGAGUAUUAAUGCAAAAGACCCAAAAUAAGAUGAGGAGCUUUGGAAAGUACUACAUUGCUGCAUCCUAUGUAAAAUAUUUGGAGUCUGCAGGUGCAAGGGUCGUACCAAUAAGGCUUAAUCUUACAGAUAACGAGUAUGAAAAGCUCUUCAGAUCUAUUAAUGGGAUUCUUUUCCCUGGAGGAGGUGCUCACCUAAACAACUCCUAUUAUGCCAAAGUGGCCAAGCUAUUUUAUGACUUUGCCCUACAGAGUUUCAAUAAUGGAGACUAUUUUCCGGUGUGGGGCACAUGCCUUGGAUUUGAAGAGCUCACGAUCUUGGCCAGCGAGGAGAAUUUAUUAACACUCACGAAGACGGAGCACGUGUCACUGCCACUGAACUUCACUGGAGCUACAUCGCAGGGCAGAAUGUUCCAGAAUUUUCCUGUUGAUUUGUUGUUGUCACUCUCUACUGAGCCUCUGACUGCAAAUUUCCACAAGUGGAGCCUCUCCGUGAAGAAUUUUACAGCAAAUGGAAAGUUGAGGGAGUUUUUCAAUGUAAUAACUACAAAUACAGAUGGCAAGAUCGAAUUUAUUUCCUCAAUGGAAGGCUAUAAGUAUCCAGUAUAUGGUGUCCAGUGGCAUCCAGAGAAACCAACAUUUGAGUGGGGAGAGGAAGCCAUUUCCCAUUCACCAAAUGCUGUGAAGACUGCAUUUUAUUUAGCAGAAUUUUUUGUUUCUGAAGGUAAUAUUUGGGUAUAUAAAAGAAGGAAAUUGUUCUCAUCUACGUUUCCAUGUACUCUUUUGCUGUGUAUAUAUUCUAUAAACUCUACAUAUUCACUAAAUUACUAAAAACAGACAAAAUAU